UCUGUUCCACGCAGCAUGGCUAGCAGUCCUUCUCGCGUGUUUGCAGCGCUGCUUCCAGUUGCAUCGGAAUUCUAUAACGAUGAAAACUUGACAGGCUUCGGUAGAGUCGCUAAAGAGACUACAGCAGUGGCACAAAUUCCCCCGAGAGAAGUUCAGGUUACGGGAAGCGCCGAGUUGUCCUGCCCGCCCGACCGGGCUACUGUUUCCAUCAGUGUUAGCAGCAGCAAAGAGUCGGUCAAUGAUGUGAAGAACAGUGUCUCGCGACGUGUGGAAUACAUAAUUCAGACUGUCCGGCAGCACGACGUGAAGGAGGCAGACACAGCCGUCACGAAAUACAUCCAAAAAGUGGAUGACCUUUACAUCAUGGAGGUCGAGGUCCUAGUGGUGUUUUUAGAUUUCGAUAAGAUGCAGAAAGUGCGAUCCGUGCUCUUGGAGAAGUUGGAUAAGAGUGUGUGUGUUGGACUUCCACACUUUACACACAGCCCGGAGUGCCUCAGUGCACUGAGACGACGUGUGUGUGUGGCAGCGGUGGAAAGCGCUCGUCUGAAGGCGAGCGAGGUGUGUUGCACCCUGGGACAGGGUCUCGGGCGGCCCUUGCUGGUCCGGGAGGAGGAGUCACGAGAGUGGAGAUGCGGAGACACACCCCUCACAUUACAACAGCGGGCGGGGCUUAUUGCUCUCUCCGUCUCCUCACGCGUCUUCGUUUCCUUUGAACUUCGACCCAAAGACAGACCCAGGAAGAAGCCAUAGGGGCCUGCAGCCAUUGGUUGGAUAUAUUCUCUAAUCUCUAAUGUAAUCUUUCUAUUAUCCUUAGAAUGCUCAGGCAGUCACUUUUGACAAGACCAGAGGCCUACUUUCUGAAAAUAUACAUUAUGAUUGUCAUUAAAUGAUACAUGGAGUAUCAUUCUGAAUUAUAUUUGUUAAGUAUAACUUUUGCACUCUGAAACUGUAUGUAAUCUAAUUACUGUUUUACGGUUCAGUAAUAUUUAUAAAUGGGGCACCUGGUUGAGCAUGAAUUGAUGGAAAUGGAUGCAUGAAUGAAUACCUUAUUGAAUGAUUGGAUUCAGUUACCCAAAGAUGUAUUCCCUGUCCAGCUGAAUUAAGAAUAUAUGAGGGGGAAAAAGUGCAAUGAUUAGUAAGUCAUGUCCAGUCUAAUGAUUUGUAAAGAGACAUUUCCGGAGCGCUAUCUCAUUUCACUAACCAAAGAGACACUCAGAGCCCAAAAGGUCAGAUCACCAUUAGCCAAUCAAGAGUACUGUACUGUAAUGCGUUCUAUAAGUAGUACCACUUGCCGUUCCAAGGGGAUUUUGUACUUUGUUUGUAUUCUGUCACUACAUGUUGUAUUAAAUAAAGCUUUUUUGUAUAGAUUU